AUGUUCAGAACCGUCACCCUCGAGCAACCCUCCAAGGUCGCGAUGCACGAGGAUGGGGCGGUCAUUGCGACCUAUCUCAUGUCCACCAUUUCAAAGAAGGUCACCCGCCAAUUAAAAGAUUGGGACUGCGCAUUGAGAUCAGCAAUGGAAGCAUCACAAGGAGGAGGAGCAUCAGAUAGAGAAAAAGUCAACUUAUCGUCGUCCUCUACCACUUUAUCUGCUCCUUUAUCUGCUGUUGCUACUUUCUGGAAAGAUUUUGAUUUAGAGAAAGAAAGGACCAUCCUGGAUGAACAAGGACUAAGAAUAGCAGAAAAUCAGGAAAACAGUCAAAAAAACCGUCGUAAGCUUGCAGAGAGCACUAGAGACUUCAAGAAGGCUUCAAAUGAAGAGAAGUUGGUUUUGUUCAACUCUUUACUCAAGGGUUAUCAAGAAGAGGUUGAUAAACUUACCAAAAGGGCGAAAUUUGGAGAAAAUGCAUUUCUUAACAUUUACCAGAAACUGUACGAAGCGCCGGAUCCAUACCCUGUUAUUACUUCAAUUGCUGAGAAGGAUGCCAGAUUGUCUGAACUAGAGUCUGAAAAUAGAAAGAUGAAGGUUGAGCUUGAAGAGUUCCGCACGGAAUCAACCCAUUUGAAGAAUCAACAGGCAACGAUAAGAAGACUUGAGGAGCGAACCCGCCAGUUAGAACAACAGAUGGAGGAAAAAGUGAAAGAAAUUGUUGAAAUUAAGCAACGCAAUUUGGCCGAGGAGAAUCAAAAAACUAUGGAAGUUCUUAAAGAAAGGGAACGAAUGUUGCAAGAUCAAUUACGCCAAGCUCAAGAAAGUGUUUCCACCAUGCGAAAGCUUCAUGAGUUUGCACAGAACCAGUUGUUUGAGCUUCGUGCCCAAUCAGAAGAGGAGAGAGCUGCGAAGCAAUCGGAAGUUAAUCUUCUAAUGGAUGAAGUGGAUCAAGCUCAAACUCGCCUUCUCAGUCUUGAAAGAGAGAAGGGUCUUCUACGGUCACAGUUACAAUCAGCUCAUGAUGAGAGCGGAAAUAAAAGAAGUGUGGAUGCAAGUACCAUGCUGGAGAAUUCCCUCAUUGCAAAGGAAAAGAUAAUAUCUGAAUUGAAUAUGGAACUUCACAAAAUUGAGACAACACUGUCUAAUGAGCGGGAAUAUCAUUUGAAUGAACUGAAGAACUUGAAGGUUAUGCUCCAUGAGAAGGAAAUUGAGCUAGAGGAGUUGAAGAAAGAGCUUCAGGCCAGGCCAACUGAGAAACUAGUUGAUGAUUUACGUAAGAAAGUAAAAAUUUUACAGGCUGUGGGCUACAAUUCGAUUGAGGCUGAGGACUGGGAAGCAGCUACAAGUGGGGAAGAAAUGAGUAAACUGGAAUCAUUACUUCUGGACAAGAACCGGAAAAUGGAGCAUGAACUGACACAGUUUAAGGUCAAAAUUGCUGAAAAGUCAGAUUUGCUGGAAGUAGCUGAAGUCAAGAUUAGAGAGCUAACAGCUCAGGUCGACGAACAACAGAGGCUCAUCCAGAAACUUGAAGAUGACAUACUUAAGGGUUACAGUUCCAAUGAUAAAAAAGGCAGUGUUUUGGAUGAAUGGGACCUUUCGGAGUCUGGAAGCAUAAAUCAAGUUGAUAAUUCAGAACAAAGGCGUGCUCCAUCUGAUCUAGAUCAAAGUUCUAUGCUUAAGGUGAUUUGCAACCAACGGGAUCGAUUUCGAGCACGUUUGCGGGAGACAGAAGAGGAAAUACGGAAGCUGAAUGAGAGGAUUGGAAUGCUGACAACAGAGCUUGAAAAAACAAAAGCAGACAAUGUCAAGCUCUAUGGAAAAAUUCGUUAUGUUCAGGACUACAAUGCUGAGAAAGUAAUAUCCAGAGGAUCAAAGAAGUAUGCUGAAGAUCUGGAGAGUGGGUUUAGUUCUGAUGUUGAAUCCAAAGAUCAAAGGUACAAGGAGCUCGGUUUGAGGGAUAAAAUCACUCUCAGCAGUGGACGCUUUCUUCUCGGCAACAAGUAUGCAAGAACCUUCGCAUUUUUCUACACAAUUGGGUUGCACAUAUUGGUGUUCACCUGCUUGUACAGAAUGUCUGCCUUAAGCUACCUCAGCCAUGGACCCGAGGAAACUCUUAAUGGAGAUAACAUCAAUCUUCCCCAUCCUCAAUAACCAUAACCAACCUGACAUUUGCACUCUUAACUUUGUCAAGAUCAUCCCUUGUAUGGAUCAAAUGGUUCGUGCAUAAGUUUAUUUUAUCACCUUUUAUAUGUCAAUCCAGAAAUAUAGUUUGUAAUUUUAAGAUUCGGAUGUCGAGUUAUCAUUUUGAUUUGGGCGUAAUUUAUUGUGUGAAUUUGAGCAUUGCUUUCCUAAUUGUUGCUCCGAGAUAGCUCUAUAAUAUCGUACAUUUUUUUUUACCAAGAGAGCUCCGAGUUAGAUGUGUUGCAAUGCUACUAGUCGGAAGGUCAGUAUCCCUUACGGCCGGCUCCUUACCACUCAACUUUAGCCGCGCAAGAAGUUGAACUACAAGUUAUCAGACGACUCCUUCAGAAGCUGCUUAGUAGAAUUUUUGUUCAUUUUCUACUCCAGGCGUACAAGGACUCAAUUAUGGAGAUAAAUGAAAAUUACGACAGUAUGUUGUGAAGCAAANUUUU